UCCGUUUCCAACAUGGCAGUUCAGAAAACAAGUCUUCAUAAAUACUAAAAUAAAACUGAGUUACGCGCUAACUAAGAAAUUAUACAGAAAAUAAAAGACAAUGAAUAACGACGAAGACACCGUGCUUGACUUUGGAGAGGAAGAGUUUGAUAGAAACCGCACAUUUAAACAUCCAGUAGCAGUAGGCUUUCACCUGGCCUUUCGUAUUGGAGCUUUGCUGGCAUACCUGUUUUGUGGAUGGUUCAGCGACAGCUUCAUCACAAAUUUCGUGGUUAUUGUCAUCCUUCUUUCCAUGGACUUCUGGACAGUAAAAAAUAUCUCAGGAAGGCUGCUUGUAGGUUUAAGAUGGUGGAACUACGUUGAUGAAGAAGGAAACAGUAAAUGGAUGUUUGAAUCUCGAAAAAACAGGAAGGGUACAGUGACAGCCGCUGAGUCACGAAUAUUCUGGCUCUCCCUCGUCGUAUGCCAGCUGCUCUGGAUUGUUCUUAUGCUUGGCGCAAUAUUCACGCUGAAGUUUAAGUGGUUGAUGGUGUCUGUUAUUGGAGUGAUUAUGAAUGGCUCGAACCUUCUCGGAUAUAUUCGCUGUAAAUGGGGAACAAAACAAAACAUGACCUCCUUAGCCAAAAGUUUUCUAACCAGACAAGCUUUAAAAUCUAUGUUUACACUGGGAAAAUCCAAAGGUAGUGAGCCCCAGCAGACCUGAGAGGACCAUCUAACACACAAACCUAUUGCCUUUAUUGUGAUAUGAAAUAAGCUAUUGAAUGCCUGGUCAGCUUAUGUCCAUGCGUAUGGACAAAGACACAGUUGUGCAAGAUACUGUGCAGAUGUUGGGGAUUUGGACACUGGGAUGUGUAUUGUACUGUCAUGUUGACAUACAUGUGCAAUGCAUGGGACUUAAAAAUCCAUUUUAAGUUGUUUUAUCACAUUCUGUGUGUUGUAUUUAUAUUUAUGUAUAUUGUGGGUACUUACUUAUAAACUUAUUCAAACAUGCUAGGGAUCUUCAAAUAUUUAUGAUUGUAGGUAUUGCUUGGUCAUUUCAUGAAUAACAAGAUUUCAUUUUAGUUUUGCAUUGUUUUGGAUUUUUAGCUCGACUAUUCGAAGAAUAAGGAGGGCUAUACUACUCACCCCAGCGUCGGCGAUUAUUGUUUUAGUUAUGUAUGACAUACUGCGACCAAACUUGAUAUGUAGGAAGAGUUGAUGGAGGACUUCCAUGGGAAUUUGUUUGGGGCCCUUAGGAUCAAGGUCACUGCAACAAACAAUAGAAGAAAGCAGUUGAAACUAAAUAUUUUGCCAAUCAUUAAAAAUCUGGUUUUGUCACAUCACAAUUCUUGUUCACUUUUUAUUUUGAUUGUUUUAUUGCUUUUGAUAGGCACAUAUUACAUUGUUAUUGUAUUCACUUCUAAGUCAAAGCGGCCUAGUUGAGCGCCCUGUCUUACGACAGCUCUUGUUAUUGCUUAUACUUCAUUAUGUCAAUUUUUAUUUCAAUAAAAACAAUGUGUUUUAUUAAUGUUAAACUGUUAUUAUCUUUGUCUGACCCAUUCGCCCAGGCUGUGGUAAACGGGCUGUGGUUAAAUGACAUUUCACAUUAGCAAAAAUAUGUCAUAGUUAAUAAGUCUUGUUCUGGUAAAAGCUACAUGUAGUAGCCAUUCACAAACGUUUAAAUAAAAUGUGCUUCCAGGAACGCUGUUUGAUGAGAAUUAACAUGGUCUUACAUAGACAUAAUUGUUAUUAGAAAUGUGUACACGGAACACUACUGCUAUUGUUUCAUAUUGAAUUCAUGUUUCAUUCAAUGGCUUUGAAGUUUUACUGAUGUUGUUACCUUUCGUAUUUUAUUGCAUGGAAAUGCGUAUACAGCAUGCAUACAGUAUAUGUCUGUA